AUGGACCGCGCGAAGAGGAGGAGCGCGGUCGCCGGCCUCCCCGACGACAUCCUCGUGGAGAUCCUCUCGCGGGUUUCCGUCAAGGACCUCCACAGAUCCAAGUGCGUGUCCAAAGCGUGGUGUGGCCUCGUCACCGACACCCUCCACCGCAAGGAGCUCCCACAAACCCUACAUGGGUUCUUCUACGGCGGCGGGGGAUACGGUGGUGACACCGGCAGCGAUGACGAAGACGGAGACAGCGACAGCGACAGGGACGACGGCGAGGACGGGGAAACGCGGAUUUGCUACGCAGAGCACGGAAACAUGGCUGGGAGAGGAUAUAAUGGCAUGCUAGAGGCCCUGAGAGUUCUUCGCGCAUGGGUGGGUGAGGAGCAAACUGCAUCUAUUCUUCAGCGAGGGGAGAGACGGGAAAUGGAGGUGUCUGGCGAGGGAGAAGCAGCAGGCGGAGCUGCACCAGGAGAGUCGGAGGAAAGAGGAUCGGCAAUGCGUCCAGAUCCAGGAAGAGAUCGAGGAAUGAGCACCGGGAAACGAGGAUGGUGGCAAAAAUGGAGACAAAGGUGCGGCGGCAAUCAAGGGAUCCUGACCAUCGGGUACCUAUGCGACCUCAUACGGGAAAUACAAAAGGGGAGCUUAACUAGCAUAGCUAAGUGCCCACUGACUCAUUGGGCCGAAUGCCAGAAGAAGCGGGGGAAAGAAGGGCCGGACUCGCGGAUAGCACCCAUGGGAGAAAGUGCAAUAUCCAGAGCACUGAGAACUGCAGGAAACCGAGAGGGCCAGCCAGUUUUCUUACCGUACGAGGGGCUUGAGUUCAACUCAUGCGAGGAAGCUAAGGAAUUCUACAACCUUUACUCAUGGGAGGUUGGAUUUGGAAUUAGAAAGGGUGGCAGCAGGAAAAAUGGAAACAAGUACAUAACUAGACAAGAUCUAGUCUGUUCAUGCGAGGGUUGGUCAAGGAGUAAGAAGUCGGCCACAUGUAGAACAGGAUGCAAGAGGCUACUUCGGACAAGCGACCAUGGGUGGUACAUAAGCCGACUAAACAUUGAACACAAUCAUCCCUGCUCGGAGACGUACGGAGAGAAGAAGCAAUGGAACUCACACUCCGAAAUUGACCCCAUGACGAAGGACUUCAUCCAGAAGCUGCGUGAGAACAACGUCCCAAUCGGCAGAGUGUGCAGCAUCGUAGGCGUGUAUGGUAACCAACCGGGAGCACCGAUAAGGAGGGAAUCAGUCAGAUCUCUGUGUGCAAGAUUAGCACAAGAAAACAUAAGAGAUGAUAUAGGUAAGACAAUGAAGUUGCUUGAGGAGAUGCGUCACGAUGAUCCUGGAAUGGAUGUAAGGUUCUUGAUUGACCAAGAUGGGAGGAUAAAAUCAGUGCUAUGGUGCACUGGGAAGAACAGAAGUGACUAUUUGCAUUUUGGAGAUGUGGUAACUUUUGACACCACAUAUCGGACGAAUCUUUACAGCCUACCAUUUGGCAUGUUUGUUGGUGUUAAUAACCAUUUCCAAUCAGUAAUAUUUGGUGGACUAUCGCUGACGUCGGAGAAGACAGAGGAUUUCGAAUGGGCAUUCAACAAUUUCACUGAUAUAAUUUGGGGGGGGUUGGAGCAGCCGCUUACAAUGCUAACAGACCAAUGUCAGGCCAUGGCUGCAGCCCUCAAGACAACAAUGAAGGGAACAAAGCACCGGUGGUGCCGCUGGCAUGUCCUGAGGAAACUGAAGCAGCAUGUGGGGAACCUUUACAGCAAACACAGUGCCUUCAAGAAGGAAUUCAAUAAGUUGGUGACAGAGGAGACAUCGGUUCAAAGAUUUGAAAGGAAAUGGAGGCAGCUGCUGCGGAAGUACAACCUUAUGGAGAACAAGUUCAUGAAGAGGCUGUACAAGAAAAGGGGAAUGUGGGCAAAACCGUACUUCAUGGACAUAUUCUGCGCAGGUAUGACAAGUACUCAAAGGAGUGAGAGUGCUAACCACAUGAUUAAGCGAUUCAUUCAGAGAUCUGCGCCAAUGCACAUGUUUGUGAGAAAAUUUAGUGAGUUCCAAACCGAUAGACAGGACCAAGAAGACAAGGAGAUCCAUGUAACAAAACAGAUGCGAAGGAGGACACGCGUGGGUGUGCCAAUUGAGAGGGAUGCUGAGCAAAUAUAUACAAGGUGGAUGUACGAAAAGUUCUACCAUGAACUGUUUGAAUCGGGAGGGUUCAUCAUAAAACAUAGGGGUGAGGAUGGUUUGUACGAGGUGGUGCACACACUGGAAGAUGGCAAUAUGGAAGCGCGGAGAUAUAAAGUGCGCUACCAUGGAGGUGAUGAAAUCUCAUGCGAAUGCGGACUGUAUGAACACAUGGGUAUGCUUUGUAGGCACUCACUGAAGGUACUUGUGAACCUUGACAUUAAGAGUAUACCGCGUGCCAACAUCAUGGCACGUUGGAGUAAAUGUGGAAGUGGGGGGCAUGGUGAAACAUCAGCAUGGAGGGAUCACAUAUCUACGAAAGAGACGACAAAUUUUGUCAAGAAGAGGAUGUUGUUGAAGAAAAUGGAGGAGGUAGCAUAUGGGACAACGCGGCAGACAAAGAAAGGGAGAGCACAGAACACAAGCCUUCACUCAUUUGAACAGCAGCUGAAAAGGAAUAAGGCAGUUGCCACAGAUACUGAUGAAGAAAACCCAAGAGGAGGCAAGACGAGGGCUAUAGCUGAGUUCAUGGGAGUGUAG